AUCUUGUACGAGCUAGCGAAAUUAAAGGUUUCGUUUAUUUGUCGAUCUUUUAUAGUUGGCGUAGUUGUUUAAUUAUGAGGGUGGGGAAGGCGCAGAGACCACAAGCUAGCUAGCGUGGGUUUUCCUCUUACAGCUGCUUCCUCGCUUCCUUUUUGGUAUUUAAUUAAUUAUUUGCUUUCGCUGCUCCAUCGAUCGGUGGAUGUUGCAGCUAGCGACGAUCGUCCAAAUCUCGAUCGAUUUGUUUUCUUUGCUGCUGUAUCGAUUGAUUAUAUUGAGUUUGAUGUUAUCUCCUAUUAUGUUUCUGAGUUAUUAGGGUUUUUGAAGGAGCUUCUGCUACAGACAUGAAUGCAAAUAAUUAAGAGAGAGAGAGUGGGGUGGAAAUGGAAUCGAACCAGUGAUUUUGCUUCCUGUGAUCCUCUCUCCUUUCCUGUUCUUGUUUCCUUAAUUGUAAGAGAUAGAUUUUUAAUCUAUAUCGGGUGGUUUUCCCUGAGGACAGCAGCGCCGGCUCCAUGAACGCCUGCGGCGAUCUCUCUCCGGCCGACUUUGUCACCCACAGACCCCCAAAACAGCACUCCUUCACUUCCCCUGCUCUCUCCCUCGGCCUGCAAACCGACAUCGAAGGACACUUGAACUUAAGCCGAAUGAUGGCCGGCGAUGAGAACGACAGCAGGUCAGGAAGCGACAACUUGGAGGCUGUCUCCGGCGACGACGACGAUCAAGAACAGAAUCCCCGUAAAAAGAAGAGAUACCAUCGCCACACUCCACAACAAAUCCAAGAACUCGAAGCUUUGUUCAAGGAGUGCCCGCACCCUGAUGAUAAACAAAGGCUCGAACUGAGCAAGCGGCUUUGCCUGGAGAGCCGGCAGGUCAAGUUCUGGUUCCAGAAUCGACGAACUCAGAUGAAGACUCAAAUCGAGCGGCACGAGAACGCGAUCCUUCGCCAGGAGAACGACAAGCUGCGUGCGGAGAACAUGGCGAUCAGGGAGGCGACGAGGAAUCCGAUCUGCAACAACUGCGGCGGCGUGGCGAUGCUCGGAGAGAUCUCCAUCGAGGAGCAGAACCUCCGCGUGGAAAACGCCCGGCUCAAGGAGGAGCUCGAACGGGUCUGCUCCCUCGCCGGAAGGUUCCUCGGCCGCUCCAUGGCUUCUUUCCCGGCUCACAGCGUCGACGUCACGCCGCCCCCCUUUCCGAGCUCGCUCCUGGAGCUUGGCGUCGGCAGCAACGGUGGGUUCGCGGGACUAGUCUCGUCUGCCGCCGUGCCCGAUCUUUUUCCACCGGCACCGGCGAUCGUCAAUCCGUUGGAUGGCGCUCCCGUCGCACACCCGACCUCAGCCGACAGGAGCAUGUUGUUAGAGCUGGCACUGGCGGCCAUGGAUGAACUAGUGGCCAUGGCGCACAUGGACGCGCCGCUUUGGAUCCGAAGCACAGACGGCGGUUCGGAGACCUUGAACUACGAGCAGUACCACCACAGCGUACGCCGCAUCGCUGGCAUGUCGCCGGCGGCUGGGUUCGUCGCCGAGGCUUCGAGGCAAACGGGGAUGGUGAUCAUAAACAGCCUUGCCCUCGUCGAAACACUGAUGGAUUGCGAUCGUUGGGCAAAUAUGUUCUCUUCCAUCGUAGCAAAGGCGUCGACCAUAGAAGUGAUAUGCAAUGGCGUGGGUGGAACUAAAAACGGUGCCUUACAACUGAUGCACGCUGAGCUACAAGUUUUGUCGCCGUUAGUUGCGAUUCGGGAGUUGAACUUCCUCAGAUUUAGUAAGCAGCACGCGGAGGGCACCUGGGUUGUGGUGGAUGUCUCCGUUGAUUUUAUCAGAGAAAACGUAUCGUCUGGAUCCAGCUGCAGAUUGAUGCCUACUGGUUUUGUGGUUCAAGACAUGCCCAAUGGUUACUGCAAACUCGUGUGGGUGGAGCACGCAGAGUACGACGAGGCACAAGUGCAUCAUCUGUACCGUCCGCUGCUCCGGUCCGGCCUCGCCUUCGGCGCCGGCCGGUGGUUGGCCACCCUUCAGCGCCAGUGCGAGUGCCUCGCCAUUCUCUUGUCCGCCUCCAACGUCGACGAGUCCGGGACGAUAACGCCGAGCGGGCGGCGGAGCAUGCUGAAGCUGGCGCAGAGGAUGACCGAGGCUUUCUGCACCGGCGUGUGCGCGUCGUCGGCGCACGAGUGGACGAAGCUGGAGUCGCACAGCAUCGGUCCUAACGUGCACGUGAUGACGCGGAAGAGCAUGGGCGACCCGGGGGAGCCGGCCGGCGUGGUGCUCAGCGCCGCCACCUCUGUUCCUUUGCCCCUGAUCUCGCCGAAGCGCCUCUUCGACUUCCUCCGCGAGGCGAGCUUCCGCAGCAAGUGGGACAUCCUGUCCAACGGCGGCCCCAUGUGCGAGAUGGCGCACAUCGCCAAAGGCCAGGACGCCGGCAACGCCGUCUCCCUCCUCCGCGCCAGCUCGGUGAACUCGAACCAGACAAGCAUGCUGAUAUUGCAACAGACGUGCAUCGACGCGUCGGGCGCGAUGGUGGUAUACGCGCCGGUGGACGUGCCGGCCAUGCACCUAGUCAUGAACGGCGGCGACUCGGCCUACGUGGCGUUGCUGCCUUCUGGAUUCGCCAUCCUCCCCGACGGCGGUGGCGCCUCCCACGGCGAGGGUUCUCUUCUCACCGUCGGAUUCCAGAUCCUGGUAAACAACCAACCGACGGCGAAGCUGACGGUGGAGUCUGUGGAGACCGUGAACAACCUCAUCUCCUGCACGGUUCAGAAAAUCAAAGCUGCAGUGUUCCACUACGGCGACUAAUUAUAAGCCUAGCUCCUCCCUCCUCCGUCGAUCGAUCGAUCGAUCGAACGAACAACACGAAUGAAUCAAAUGAAAAAUAAAAAAAAUAAAAAUAACGAUAAAUAAAUGGAGAGAUGGAGUCAAGAACGAACCGCGCGUGCGUGACAUAUGAUGGUGGUUCGGUUCGGGCAUUGACUCGGUCUCCAGAUGAAACCAGUAGGCAGCUACAGCGCUCAAUGAUCUUGUUUCCUUUCUCAAACACUUCAUUCUGUACGUGUAAAGGAUAGUGAAUUAAUUCUUGCACGAGAGUGCUCGACGCACAUUUGUUUUGAUCUUAUUGUUCAAUUGUGAUCGAGUGGAUGCAAUUAGUAAAUCGUGUACGUUUCUUUUUGAUCCC